GGGUCGGAGCUCAUGACUAGGGAGUCAGCCUGCGGUCAGACACUUACACCCAGCUGACCCAGGUGCAGGCAAGGGUCAUUUGCCCUUAGGUGGUCCAAGGCCCUGCCAGCCCACGUGGGCACCUUGGGCAAGCUAGAACCCCAAGGAAAAAAUAUAUGAUGCUCACACCCCUAUCCCAGCUCCUUUACUGAAGACCAGGCUCCCCUCCCCCCUGCAGCUGCCUCUCUGGACAGAGGGAGGGGGAAGUGGCCAGAAGGGGAAGUGUGAGUUCCUCUCUGGCCUGUCACCACUCUCCUCAGGCCCUCGGAGUAGCGGCCUUGGGGCCGAGUUGCGGCCAUGGAGCCUGUGGAGACCCCUGUCAAGGACGGCAUCCUCUACCAGCAGCACGUCAAGUUCGGCAAGAAGUCCUGGCGGAAGGUAUGGGGUCUGCUGUAUGCAGGAGGCCCAUCAGGCGUGGCACGGCUGGAGAGCUGGGAGGUCCGGGACGGUGGCCUGGGGCCCGCGGGUGACAGGUCUGCAGGGCCUGGCCGGCGCGGGGAGCGGCGGGUCAUCCGCCUGGCUGACUGCGUGUCCGUGCUGCCGGCGGAUGGCGAGAGCUGCCCCCGGGACACUGGUGCCUUCCUGCUCACCACCACUGAGCGAAGCCACCUCCUGGCUGCACAGCACCGCCAGACGUGGAUGGACCCCAUCUGCCAACUGGCCUUCCCGGGCACAGGGGAGUGCCCCUCAGGAUCAGGGGAGGCAGAGGCUCCCAAGAGGGGCCUGGUCCCCAUGGAGGAGAACUCCAUCUACUCCUCCUGGCAGGAAGUGGGCGAGUUUCCAGUGGUGGUGCAGAGGACCGACACGGCCGCCCGCUGCCAGCUGAAGGGGCCCUACCUCCUGGUGCUGGGCCAAGACGCCAUCCAGCUGAGGGAGCCCACCAGCCCCCAGGCCCUCUACACCUGGCCCUACCGCUUCCUGCGCAAGUUUGGCGCCGACAAGGGCAUUUUCUCUUUCGAAGCUGGCCGCCGCUGUGACUCCGGCGAGGGCUUCUUCGCCUUCAGCAGCCCCCGAGCCCGCGACCUGUGCGGGGCCCUGGCGGCCGCCAUAGCCCGCCAGCGCGAGCGGCUGCCGGAGCUGGUGGGACCCCGGCCCUGCCCGCUGCCGCGGGCCACCUCCCUGCCCUCCCUGGACCCCCCGGGCGAGCUGCGCGAGGCGCCGCGGGGCCCCGAGCCGCCCAGCUCCUGGAAGGCGCGCCUGGCCGAGCCCGGGCCGCAGAGCCUGCCCCCGGUGCUGGGCCCCGCGCCGCCCCCCGAACCCGCGCUCUACGCGUCGGUGUGCAAGCGCGCCAGCGUGCCCCCGGGCGCCGCCGAGCACCUCUACGAGAACGUGGGCGUGCUGGAGGCCGGGCCGGCGCCUGAGCGCGCCCCCGGCGGCCGCAGCCCCCUGGCCAGCCCCGUCUACCACAACGACGAGGACCUGGGCUGGCCCGGCCCGGCCCACGACAGCAGCCUGGAGGCCCAGUACCGGCGGCUGCUGGAGCUGGACAACGACGACGACGACGGCGUCGGCGACGAGGCCGGGGGCUCUGGCCGGCCCUACACUCACACGGGCUUCAAGGCCAAGCUGGUGACACUGCUGAGCCGUGAGCGGAAGAAGGGCCCAGCCCCCUGCGACCGGCCCUGAACACCCUGCGUGGCAUGGGACAGGAGGGUGGACAGACAAUGGACAUCUGGGGACACAUCCUGCAUCCAUUCUGGUCUGUGGGGGCAACGCAAGCCACCAGGGGAGGACUCCUCCUGCGCCCUGCCGGCCCCCCAGUGUAUAGUGUACAGAUCUGCCAUAAUAAAGCCUUCA